AUGCGCUCUGCACUACGCCUGGCUUCGUCCCCGUAUCUCACCCAGCGCGGCCAUUCGCUGGUUCGCUGGGAUCAUGUCGGUCCACCCCAGCUUACGCUGGUCGCUCGGACCCGGCAUGGCUCCCGCGGCCUCGCAACUGCCGCUGCUCCAGGUAGCAUCGACAAGUACUACGAUAUCUGCAUUGUCGGUGGCGGCAACGUCGGCAGCUCACUUGCCUGUGCCCUGGCCACGUCGCCUUACACCCAGUCGCUCAAGAUUGCCCUGAUCGAGGCCGGUGAUCUGCUGAAGCGGCCGUCGGACGAUCCCAACGUGCGCUCGAACCGAGUCAGCUCCAUCACACCAGCGUCCCAGCGCUUUCUGGCCGAGGUCGGGGCCUGGGAGGCCAUUGACCCUGCCCGGCGUCAUCGCUUCUCCAAGAUGCAGAUCUGGGAUUCCAACAGCUCUGGCCUGGUGAACUUUGACUCCAAGGAGGCCGGCCUCGAGCAGAUUGCCUGGAUCGUCGAAAACAACCAUAUCCAGGCAGCCUUGGCCUCGGUUAUUACCGACCAUUCGUCCGCCAUCACGCUCUUCAACCAGCGCAAGGUGGCAUCGAUAUCCAAGGCUGCUUCCGAAGGCGAUGGCGCCGCGGUCGAUGCAUGGCCCCAGGUGCAGCUGGACGACGGCACAACACUUUGGGCCAGACUGCUGGUUGGUGCAGAUGGUGGCAACUCCAAGGUCCGUGAGUUUGCCCAGAUCGAGUCCAUCGGCUGGGACUACAAUCAGAAAGGCGUCGUCGCCACUCUCGAGCUCGAGGACCACACAGAUGCCAACGAGACGGCAUGGCAGCGUUACAUGCCGACCGGGCCAAUUGCGCUUCUGCCGCUGGGGCCUGGCUACAGCUCGCUGGUCUGGUCGAUUGCACCAGAUCUUGCCAACCGCAUCAUUGCGCUCCCCCCGCGCGAGUUUCUCGAGCUCGUCAACGCGGCCUUCCACAACCCGCUGCAAGAUAUCCAGUUCUUGAUCUCGCAGAUCCAACCGGACGGCAAGACAACGUGCGACUUUGAGGCCGAGGCUUGGUGGGGCCGUGAGCGAGCGCAGGCCUCGCUCGAUAACCGGGCAUCGCAUACCGAGGGCAAGCUCCCGCCCCGGAUCGUGAGCGUUGCCGAGAAGAGCCGAGCCGGCUUUCCUCUGAAGCUGCGCAACUCUGUGCGCUAUGUCGACGAUCGAGUCGCUCUGAUUGGCGAUGCCGCCCAUACAAUCCACCCUCAGGCCGGACAGGGUCUCAAUCUUGGAUUCUCCGACGCCCAAUCGCUCUAUCGCACCAUCAAGGAUGGUGUCCAGACUGGUCAGGAUAUUGGACGUAUCCACGCACUCCUCCCGUAUGCCCAGGAGCGAUACGUCCCUGACCUUGCGAUGCUCCUAGCGGUGGAUCGGAUCGGCAAGCUCUUUGGCGACGAAUGCGAGGUUGUCAGGGGCGCCCGUGCCUUUGGCCUUGGCGCAACCAACACAGUGUCGCCUAUCAAGGUAGGGUUGCACUUCCUCUCCCGCCGGGUGUGCAAUGCCUGGACAGCAGAGUCUGGGAUGUAA